AUGUACGCUGCAAGGAAUAGUUUCGCUUUCGAUGCGAUAUAUUGGAAGAAUAUUGACCAGCGAUUCUUCGGACUGACUUGCCUUGAUUCCACCCAUUCCUGGAAGGAGAGACUUGAUAUCUUGCAACCUGAAGAAAGGCAGAAGCUGGAUGACUAUGUGGAUCUAAAGCUUCAUCAGAUGAAAACAAGGGUGCUUGCUUGGGACCCGGAUGACUACACCCUAGAAUACAUGGCGAAAAUAGAUGGAAUGGAUGCUUGA